AUGACGAGAACCAGUCCUCCAAAUAAUCCCAUCUCCUGGGAGACCAAAAGCGUCGAGGAUGGCACCAGAAUCGACUCGGUCGCGUGUCAAGGUGUGAGGCCCAAGGGCCGCAUCCGACGAUCAAUGACUGCUUGUAAUACCUGCCGCAAGCUCAAGACUCGCUGCGAUGUUGAUCCUCGAGGUCAUGCUUGUCGUCGGUGUUUAUCUCUCAGGCUUGAAUGUGAGCUUCCUGAGACAACGGAGCGCUUCCAAGAUAAUGCAUCCACCUGGUCCGACGCCACCGCCGCAAUCCCUUCCAUUGAAGAACGACUUGUCUCCCUCGAACGAGGCAUGGGGGAGAUGAUUCACCUGAUGCGACAGAUGGUGAACCGCUCCCCUAGCAUGCCAUGCAGCCCUACCUCGCAGCCCAGAAGCAACAGCAUAGACGGCAGGGGGUCAACCGAUAGCAUGUCCCCGUCUUUCUAUCCGCUGAAGCCGGCGCAGAUCAUACGAGAUCUGCAAGCCGAAUGCUUUGGCGAAAGGGAUCACCUCUCCGAAGCCGAUAUCCUGGGAGACAUCGUCACCCAGGGCAUCGUAGAUUCUAAGCUCUCUAUGAAAUUGAUUGAACUUUUCGUGGAAUGUUUUGGCCAUUGGAUCUCAAUUAAUCAUUCGUCCAGUAUCCAACGGUCGAAUUCCCUCCUGUUCAACACCGCAUGUCUUCUGGCUUCGCGCUAUCUGCCUGGCCUACCACAGCAGACCGUCCGCGAUAUCUCCCUCCAUGUACAACAUGCCGUGGCAAAGAUGUUGUGGAGCCCUCCGCCCCUGACAACCGAUAUGUUGCAGGCGCUGACUUUGCUGUGUCUAUACUCUACCUCCAUUCACAAAGAAGGACUGAUGGAUGACUGGUUGCUGAGCGGGAUCUCAAUCAACCAUGCUCUCAUCUCAUUCAACUUCCUCAAUACCUUGCCAGGAGAUAACCUUAAUCCAGACGAUCUACUUGCUCAGUUGCGUCUGUGGAAUACACUCUGCGUCACCCAAUUACAUUCCGCACUUGCAAAUGGCCGCACUGUCAAUAUCCAACAACAAUAUAUCGACCAAUGUCCCCGGAUCCUGGAAUACGCAGGCGCCACACAGGAAGACGGAAGAGUCGUUGCUGAAAUCCAACUAUAUCGCAUUGCCCUCACACUCCAACACAGCCAGCACCGGCUCCAAUUUGCAGAAUCAGAAUAUGAAGAGAUCGAGCGCUGGAAAAUGGAAUGGGCACAUCUCCUAACCAACGACGACAACUCAACCCUCGAACUUAACCUCUGGUUCUGCCAACUCCUCCUCCACCGAACAGCAACCCGCCUCCAACCCGACGCUGACCGUCUCGUCCCCGAGAUCUGCGGCAAUGCCCGUCUAAUAAUCACCAAGUUCCUCCAAACCCGCUUCUCCACCGCCCCCGCCCUAAUCGACCACGUCUACUACAUCGUCGGCUACGCCGCCCUCACUCUCUGCGACUACAGCAUCCCAGACCCCCUCAUCAACCAAGUCCGCGGCUUCCUCCUCCACCUCGCCCCGGGCGGCGACAACCUCCCCUACCGCAUCGCCUGCAUCAUCGGCGAAGUCCAGCGCCGCUACUCUGAAGCGGCAGUCGUCAGCGCCUCGCAUUCCCAAUCGUCAUCGCCGGUCGCACCUGAAGGCAAGGCGAUGUUCCCGCAUCCCCGUCCGGGAAUGGAUCUCACGCAGUUGAUGCCCGCGUCGGAGGUUCUGGAUACCCUCGUCGAGGGGUACAAUUGUUUGGAGCAGUUGAUGCCGUAUGUGGCGCAGCAGAGUGGGUUUGAAGCACCGGAUUUGUUUCAUUCUGCGCCUGCUACGGGGGGCGCUAUGCCUGUUGGCCUGGUGCCGAGGGCUUUGCAUGAUUGGUGA